GACAAGAGGCAAUGGGCAGAAAUUGAAGCACAGGAAGUUCCGCCUGAGGGGGAAUUUCUUCCCUGUGAGAAUGACGGAGCACUGGACCAGGUUGCCCAGAGAGGUUGUGGAGUCUCCUUCUCUGGAGAUCUUCAAGGCUCGCCUGGAUGCAACCCUGUCUAACGUGCUCCAGGUGACCCUGCUGAGCAGGGGGGUUGGACUACAUGAUAUCCAGAGGUCCCUUCCAACCUUACUGAUUCUAUGAGGGAGGUGUGUGGUGCUCCCCGGUGGGCGCGCGGGGACGGGACGGGACGGGAGGAGCGGGCUGCCACCAGCAGCAGCUCAGUGCUCCAGUGCCUCUCUUGCAGGAAGAUGAUUCCCGUGACGGAGUUUCGGCAGUUCUCGGAGCAGCAGCCAGCCUUCAGGGUGCUGAAGCCCUGGUGGGACGUGUUCACCGACUACCUCUCCGUCGCCAUGCUGAUGAUCGGCGUGUUCGGGUGCACCUUACAGGUCAUGCAAGACAAGAUAAUAUGCCUUCCCAAGCGAAUACAGCCUUGCCAGAACCAGUCUAAUAGUUCCAACGUGUUUCACACAAUCCCAGAUACAACCCCUCUCCCUCCCCCCAAGCCAUCCACUGCUCCAGCUACUGUUGAAAUGAAAGGACUGAAGACUGAUUUGGACCUUCAGCAGUACAGCUUUAUAAAUCAGGUGUGCUAUGAGCGUGCCCUGCACUGGUAUGCCAAGUACUUCCCUUACCUUGUCCUUAUACACACACUGGUCUUUAUGCUGUGUAGUAACUUCUGGUUCAAGUUCCCUGGAUCCAGCUCCAAAAUUGAGCACUUCAUUUCAAUACUUGGGAAGUGUUUUGACUCUCCCUGGACAACAAGAGCCUUAUCAGAAGUGUCAGGGGAGGACUCUGAAGAGAAAGAUAACAGGAAGAACAAUGUAAGCAAGUCUAACACUAUCCAGCCGAGCGCUGAAGGCACUUUGGUCAAGACCCAGUCUUUAAAAUCAAUCCCUGAGAAGCUGGUUGUGGACAAGGGAACACCUGGGGCACUAGAUAAGAAAGAAGGUGAACAGGCCAAAGCACUGUUUGAGAAGGUGAAGAAAUUCAGACUUCAUGUUGAGGAAGGUGAUAUACUCUAUGUCAUGUACGUUCGCCAGACUGUACUUAAGGUAAUUAAAUUCCUCAUCAUUAUUGCUUACAACACAGCACUUGUCUCAGAAGUUAAUUUUACAGUAGUCUGUAAUGUUGAUAUUGAAGACAUGACAGGAUAUAAGAAUUUUUGCUGUAAUCACACAAUGGCACAUCUGUUCUCUAAACUUUCUUACUGCUACCUGUGCUUUGUAAGCAUCUAUGGGCUCACAUGCCUUUAUACUUUAUACUGGUUGUUUUAUCGCUCGCUGAAAGAAUAUUCUUUUGAAUAUGUUCGGCAAGAGACAGGAAUUGAUGAUAUCCCAGAUGUCAAGAAUGACUUUGCUUUUAUGCUUCAUAUGAUAGAUCAGUAUGAUCCUCUCUAUUCCAAGAGAUUUGCUGUCUUCCUGUCCGAAGUCAGUGAAAAUAAGCUGAAACAGCUGAACUUAAACAAUGAGUGGACUGCAGAUAAACUGCGACAGAGGUUACAGACAAACUCCCACAGCCAUUUGGAGCUACAGCUUUUCAUGCUCUCUGGACUUCCAGACACAGUUUUUGAAAUUACUGAGCUGCAGUCUUUAAAACUUGAAAUAAUUAAUAACGUAAUGAUACCAGCAACCAUUGCACAGUUGGACAAUCUCCAAGAGCUGUCGUUGCACCAGUGCUCUGUGAAGAUCCACAGCGCCGCCUUGGCCUUUCUGAAGGAGAAUCUCAAGAUCUUAAGUGUCAAGUUUGAUGACAUCAGAGAGCUGCCGCACUGGAUGUACGGCCUGAGGAAUUUGGAAGAGCUUUAUUUAAUUGGCUCACUAAGUCAUGAUAUUUCCAAAAACAUUACACUGGAGUCUUUUCGGGAACUUAAAAGCCUUAAAAUUCUUUACAUUAAAAGUAAUUUGUCCAAAAUCCCACAAUCUGCAGUCGAUGUUUCAAGUCACCUGCAAAAACUGUGCAUCCAUAAUGAUGGCACUAAGUUGGUGAUGCUCAAUAACCUGAAGAAGAUGGUCAACUUGACUGAGCUGGAACUGGUUCACUGCGAUUUAGAACGCAUACCUCAUGCAGUCUUCAGCCUUCUCAGUCUUCAGGAAUUGGAUUUGAAGGAAAACAACCUCAAGUCAAUUGAAGAAAUAGUAAGUUUCCAACAUCUGAGAAAACUGACAAUCCUAAAGCUGUGGUACAACAGUAUAACAUAUAUCCCCGAGCAUAUAAAGAAACUCACUAGCCUAGAACGACUUUCCUUCAGCCAUAACAAAAUAGAGGUUCUUCCAUCCCACCUAUUCCUAUGCAACAAAAUCAGAUAUUUGGAUUUGUCUUACAAUGACAUUCGCUUUAUCCCCCCAGAAAUAGGAGUUCUGCAAAGUUUACAGUAUUUUUCCAUCACUUGUAACAAAGUGGAGAGUGUGCCAGAUGAACUAUACUUUUGCAAAAAGCUUAAGACUCUAAAAAUUGGGAAAAAUAGCCUGUCAGUCCUAUCACCUAAAAUUGGUAAUUUGGUAUUCCUCUCCUACUUGGAUAUUAAAGGCAACCACUUUGAAAUUCUCCCACCAGAACUUGGUGAAUGUAGAGCUCUGAAGCGAACUGGUUUCGUUGUAGAGGACGCCUUGUUUGAAACAUUGCCUUCCGAUGUCAGGGAACAAAUGAAAGCUGAAUAGCUAACUUCCUCUCGCUCGGUUUUACAGAAAUACACUUCUACCAAAUAGCCUGUAGGAAGUGCAUACUCUGAAUAUGCAUUUAGUGUUAUGUUUAUUUCUUUUUCUUUUUCAAACAAAUCCUGUCUGUACAAACAAAUUUGGAGUAAGGAGUACAUAUAUUUUUAAAUAAAAUUUUCUUGUAUUUUUUCACUGUUUUAAGAUAUUUUUAAGUUUAUUUUGCCCUGCGAAAAAGGGUGUCUGUAACUUAAUUCUUACUGACAAAAGCAAGUGGUUUUAUCUGCUGUUUUUUUUCUCUUUGACUAAUCCCCACAGGGAAACCAUGUUUAAGCUGUGUGCUUUGGAUUGCAUAAUUUGUAAUAGUUGAAUAUAUGGUCUUCCUGGUUCUUAUUACUCCCUUAGGAUGUGGUCUUCAAAGGGUGGUCUUGCAGAUGCUGGAUGCCCCCAUCUCCUCUGGUCAUCAGCAGGAGCUCAAGAUGUUCAGCAUCUAACAGGAUCACAUCUCGGCUGAGCACCCUUGUAUUUCAGACGCGGUGUGCUCAGAUGGUCAGAGCAAGUAGAAAAGGGUGUUUACGUACCAGGGCGGAGAUGCUUUAGUGGCCAGAGGGAAGGCGCAGAACCCCCCAGGCCCUUUGGAGAGCUCAGCGGCCCCGACCGCUGUUUCCGCGAGGCUGCCGGCCGCACGAGGCCACCGUGCGUGGAGGAGGCAGCACCAAAAUGGUCCGCGCUGGAGAUUUUCAAAACGAUGCACAGGGAUUCGGCUGCCUGUUUCCUCCUGACUUGAACAGAAGGAGUGUAGAGCAGUCACCGUCUUGGAAACGGCAGCCCGGGGGGUGAAACGCUGUUUCCAGAAAUCCUCUGCCCGUCCUCCGCUGAAUGUCCAGUCCUACAGAGAAGGGAGCGCCCUCCGUUCCCUGCCCCACAAGGGUGUUUGGCACCUUGCUGGAAUGGCACUCAAAAAAGUGAAAUCAUGUUUAGUUUGUAAAGCUUCUGACAUGGAAAUGAUACUGUUUUUAGCAGCUAAUGUGCUCCUUAACUGAGCUUUGUUAUCAUAUUAGCAAGCUCAGCACAGGAACAUUUGCAGAUUUAUAGAAAUGAGAUUAAAUGAAUACAUUAACUUCUCAAAAGUCUCAGCCUACCAGAGGACAGUGAUGAAGGCUAUGUUUUCAUCUCCCAGCUAAUAAUUAAAUUGGAAAUCAUACAGCAGGAAGCCUGCUUUUUAAAAUAAUGUAAUCAUCUGUAAUACUCCAAUGGUUAUGUAUCAGGUUAGGAAUUUUAUCCUCUGAAGCCAUGUUCAGUUUUUUAUUUAUCCAGCCAUUUGCUUUCUUUUGUGACUGUUUAGCAGGUGUAGUCCAUGACAAUUUGUGUGCUGCUUGCAAGCUGAUUUAAGCUAAUCAAAAAUAACUGUAUGAUAGUAAAUUAUUUUGCUGGGAGAAGAUCUCUUCAUCCUAUCCAACAGAUAGCACAUAUCUGAGUCAAAUGCAGGCACUGGAUAAAUGCUUUGCAAGGAUAACUAGAAAUAAGUACUUCUUUCUGUAAGAGGUAGUGCUUUUUAUAAAUAGCAGAGGUUGGGUUGCUGAUUGUUUAAAGUUAUGUAAAAUAAUUGUUUGGUGAUUGUCAGGUUGAUUGCUUUUAAAUGUUCUCUAAUUGCUGUUGCGUGUCUUGAACUGCAGUUAAUCCGAGUUCCUGAGCUUGGUUCAAAAGCAUCAAGUUGCUUUAAGAGUCUGACUUAUGAAGGUGGGGAGGCAAACUGGAAUGAGUAUUUCUGCAUUAGUCCAGGGUGUGCUAUGCAAUUUGGUAUGUGGGCUUGCUAGAGUACUGAAGUCAGACUUAUUUUUUAGGCUUGGCUGUGUUCUGGAGAAGAUCCAUCUAAUUAAUCAAAAAAUGGGUCAGGCAUGAAAGAAUCAAAGCAAGCUUUUAAAAAGUGGUUUGAUUUAGUUCUGUAAAAGACCUACAACUGAUGUAGCAGGAGCUACUCUUUAUUCAUGUAUGGAAUGCACUUAUUGGAACAGCUUGGCAGUAUAUGUACUCUAAAUGUACUUCACUUUGAUGUAAUGUGAGGGAGAAAAAUUGCUCAUAUUAACCUGAUCAUGUAAACCAAAGUGCUGUUGUUCCUGAUGAAUGUAAGCUGUUUAAAAUGUCCAAGUAAUUGGUGGAGCUGUAUAGUUAUCUUAUUUAAUUUGAAAUAUGGGAUUACAUUUAAAGUUAAAAAAAAAUCUUUAUAUUCCUGGAUGUAGCAUUUAAAUCCGUAAUUUAUUUUGUGUCUAACGUUUCACGUGUAGUUUGUGGUCUGUCUUCGGGAAGGAAACGAUGCACACCUCGUAACUGCGGGUUGGAGGCCUGCGCCGCGCCGUUCCGGCAGACGCGCCCGCUGGGGUCGGGGCGGCUGUGCGCUACCGCGGCACCCAUACCGGUGCAGCCCCUCCGGCGGGCACAGUCACCCGAGUGCCGGUGUAUCUGUAUUCACCCUCUACAUGAGAAUAACUGAUACCGCUCUGAGCACUUUCCCGCUGAUAACUGUAUCUUCUGCAAGGCUUUGGGCUGCUGAGUCAGUCUCACCGUGAGGGGCAGUUUCCUUCCUCCUCCUCCUCCUCCUCCUCCUCCUCCUCCUCCUCCUCCUCCUCCUCCCUGGCAGCUCGGUCCUGGCUGCCGUGCCAGCUGCUUCGCCUCUGCCUUUACCGUGCUGGCGCUUCUCCGAUCCCUCCGCAAGGCAAAUCAACUGCUUAACGCCAGUUAAAAAAAAAAGAAAAAAAGGCCUGUUUUUCUGCUGGGCGAGAGCAGUGGGACCACCCGUCCGUCCCCGAGGUCCCACCCAGGGACGCUUCAACCAGUGAGGGCGAGCGGCGGGCGAGCCUCAGGCUCACAGGGAAUGGUAAAAUAUCGAAUUACUGGUAACCGUUUAAACUCACGAAACAAACUCAGGUAGCUGCACUGUUGAAUUUUCUAAAUUUCUUACUGUCUAGUCUGUGGGGUGUAUUUUCAAAACGAUAUUACAGUAUUUUAGUAAUGCAUCGGCUAAGAGAAGAGUGUUUCCUAAUUCUGUAUGGGAUCCAGGAAAAUAUGUAAAAGUGCCAUAUUUACUCAGUGAUUCAUUUACUGCUCAUAGGUGUAUUCACAUGCAACGCAUACGAGAAGACUUUCCUGUGAACUAUAAUAUUUGACUUAGAAAGGAUGGACUGUUUGUGGAUAACACUUUAGGCAUGGUUUGUAUGAGUUUGUAUAACUAGUUACGUUAAUCAGGCGCCUAACAACUAAUGUAAUUCCUGAAUGUAAGCAGGGCUUAUUACUCGGAAGUAAUACCGACCUUCCUUGGUAACGGGAGCAAAGAUGACAAGGAGUGCAUCAAAAAUAAGAACGUGACCUUAAUAGUGUGCCGAGCCUGAAAAGCAAAUCUACUUUGUGAUCAAAACCCGACGAGCUGGGCGUCUCCCCCUGCGCCAGAGUUCGGGCGGAUACUUGUGCCGAGCUCUCGCGUCUCGCCAGCCCAGCAGCGCUCGAAGGCCUGGGCUGGAAAGCGCCUGCUCCAAGUCCUGUAUCGCGUUUCUGGCGCGUCCGCUAAUGCGUGCGUUUAAGCGGGACGAGUCCUGUACGAAUGCCGAGGAAAAGCUUUGAAAUUCGACCGAGUGGACAAAUGUCUUAGUCCUGUAGCAAGAACCUAAAUUCUGUAGCGGGACUCUUAAUGCGGUAACAGACCUGCCUAGCGUUACGACGCCGUCUAGUACCCCCGGGAGAAAGUUCAAUAAAGCGCUCUUGUACCAGCAAA